GUACCGUCGUCAUCAUGCCUGAAACCACCGUGAAAGCGCCCAAGAAGGGCUCAAAGAAAGCCGUGUCUAAAAGUGUCAGUAAGAGCGGGAAGAAGAAGAGAAGGACCAGGAGGGAGAGCUACGCCAUCUACGUGUACAAAGUGCUGAAGCAGGUCCACCCCGACACCGGCAUCUCGUCCAAAGCUAUGGGCAUCAUGAACUCGUUUGUGAGCGACAUCUUUGAGCGCAUCGCCGGUGAGGCCUCCCGUCUGGCUCACUACAACAAGCGCUCCACCAUCACUUCCAGGGAGAUCCAGACCGCCGUCCGCCUGCUGCUGCCCGGUGAGCUGGCCAAGCACGCCGUGUCUGAGGGCACCAAGGCCGUCACCAAGUACACCAGCUCCAAGUAAAUUGUCCUUCCGCUUCCUAUAUCAACCCAACGGCUCUUUUAAGAGCCACCCACUUUAUCUGAAGACUUUCUAAAAUGCUUACUGUGUAUUAAUGAUCAGACGUUUACGACUAAAAUAAUGUAAAGCACCAUAGAAAAAUGAGACCAUAAUCAG